AUGGCUCCUCAAUCCACCAAUACCAACGGUAUAGCGGCGACGAACAAUACAGCGACUAACGGAACAGCGACCAAUGGGGCAUCAUAUCAUAGCGUCAGAUUUAUCGGACUUGGGCUUGCUGGAUGGCCCGUGGCAACCAAUCUGCCUCGAAAUGGUUUCCGGGUUCAUGUUUUCGACGUCGAUGGUUCUAAAAGCCAGCGAUUCGCAGAAGAGUAUGACUGCACCGCUGUGUCUUCCCCUGCCGAUGGAUUCAAAGACGUUGACAUACUCAUCGCCAUGCUGCCUAAUGGUGCAAUUAUUGCCAUUGAUGCCCCUAUAACUCAACGGAAACUGCACGACACGGACGUGAGCAAGGUCGCGAUAAUGAUAGGGGCGAAGAAUGCUGAUAUCGUCCAAAAAGUGAUGCCAGUCAUGGAAACAUUAUCCAAGUACUGCUUCGUCAUGGGAGGUAUCGGUUCGAGUCACGCGAUGAAGACCAUCAACAACUACGUGAUGGCCUCAUCCAUAUGUGCACUGGCUGACUCUUUCAUCAUGGGAUCCAAAUUCGGCUUGCACCCAGGCACCAUGCUGGACGUCCUCAACGCUGGAACGGGUCGAAUGUUCGCCUCGGAGAACACGAUGCGCGAUGAACGCCUUAUGCGGAGAACCACUCAGGAUUUCAGCUGGCUCUGCUCGUCAAGGACCAGGGAAUUUGCGAACAUCUGGCAGACGGGACACAGUUCGACACACAGCUGCCUACCUUGUUAG